GUUUAAACACGAAGCCCGCUGGGAUCCGUAUGAGAUAUUUUAUCUGCUGGGUGUCUCAGUUCCCGUAAACCAUAAGGACGUUUUGGGGGGCGAUUGGAUUAUUGAGUGGAUCUCGUGCCUAAGUGCAAAACUUCAAUUUUAUUCAAGAAAAAAAGGGAACCCCUUCAGUUAUAGGGGGUCCCUCAUUAACUGUAAAAUUGGGGGUGACACCAAGCAUCCCGAGGUUUGGAGGGGUUACUCCUGGAGGCCCCGGAAUGAAAGGGAAGGAAGAAGGUGGAAGCGGAGGAGGGCGCCCCUCGGGGGUGGGUGGGGGUCCCGGAGAGAUCGGCGGGAGUCCGGAGAAAAGCGUCAGUGCCCAGGAGUUGAAGGAACAAGGCAACCGGCUGUUCGUGGCUCGCAAAUACCAAGAAGCCGUGUCCUGUUACAGCAAGGCUAUCAUGCGGAACCCGUCCAUCGCCGUGUAUUACACCAAUCGCGCGCUGUGCUAUCUGAAAAUGCAGCAGCUGGAUAAGGCUUUGGCCGACUGCAAACACGCUCUGGAGCUGGACUGCCAGUCGGUGAAGGCCCACUUCUUCCUGGGGCAAUGCCAGAUAGAACUGGAGAACUACGACGAGGCGAUCGCCAACCUGCAGAGAGCCUAUAAUUUGGCCAAGGAGCAGAGGCUGAAUUUUGGAGAUGAUAUUCCCAGUGCCCUGAGGAUUGCCAAAAAGAAACGCUGGAACAACAUAGAGGAAAGGAGGAUCAACCAGGAGAACGAGUUGCACUCCUAUCUCACCAAACUCAUCCUGGCUGAAAAGGAGAGGGAACUUGAAGAAGCCAAGAGAAGGCAGGAGGAGGAGAAUGUGGAGGAGAGCCGGGUGAGAGCCCAGCUGAGCAGCGUGGCUUCCAAACACGACAAGUAUCUCGCCGAGAUGGAUGAACUCUUCUCCCAGGUGGAUGAGAAGCGAAAGAAGAGAGACAUCCCUGACUAUCUGUGCGGUAAGAUCAGCUUCGAGUUGAUGCGAGAGCCGUGCAUCACGCCAAGCGGUAUCACCUACGAUCGGAAGGACAUAGAAGAGCAUCUCCAGAGAGUUGGUCAUUUCGACCCGGUAACCCGCAGCCCUCUAACACAAGAUCAGCUGAUCCCAAAUCUGGCCAUGAAGGAGGUGAUCGAUGCGUUCAUAUUAGAGAAUGGCUGGGUUGAGGACUACUGAGCCACUGGAUACACCGGUGCGAGCCUGCGCUGGACUGAGCCCCCUGGAUUACGGGCAGUGCAGCCCCCCAAGCGUCGCUCAUCAGUCCUUUCCAGACAAUGUUCUACGAGCAGGGAGCGAUGAGACCCUUCAACUCGUUCUUUUUACUGAUUCGGCUGGGGUCUGUGAAGUUCAGAGCCGCUUUUAUCCACCUCCAGCCUUCUGCUCCACGGUUGAUUUAUGAUUUUGAGUUCUGUGGCUUUUGUUGGCGAAGACUCGACGUCUGCUGCCGGUUGUAGCGCGAGUGACCGCGGGUUGGGUUCUUUGAGUUUGGAGUAGGAAAAUAACUGUUCAUUAGCAUUGA